UUGGAACACAAAGUCAGCUCUCUGAUAAAGAAUGAGCUGAAGAGGUUUAGGAAGCUCCUGAAUCCAGAUUACCCAGCAUGCACUGAGAGGGAGGUGGAGGAUGAGGAGGAUCUGCCCAGUGUCAGAGACGGAGCGCUGAAGAUCACACUGCAUGUCCUGAAGAACAUGAACCACACAGAUCUCGCUAACACACUGCACAACAGUUCUGUGUAUCAGUCAAAGUUGAAGUCCAAGCUGAGAGAGAAGUUUAAAAGAAUUCAUGAAGGAAUCUCACAGCAUGGAAGCUCAGCACUUCUGAAUGAGAUCUACACUGAGCUCUACAUCACAGAGGGUUGGAGUGGAGACAUCAAUAAUGAACAUGAAGUGAGACAGAUUGAGACAGCGUUCAGGAGACCAGCAACACAGGAGAAACCCAUCAAAUGUAAUGACCUCUUUAAAGACAAGUCCAUCAGAACUGUGCUGACUAAAGGAGUUGCUGGAAUUGGAAAAACAGUCUCUGUGCAGAAGUUCAUCCUGGACUGGGCUGAAGGAAAAGCAAAUCAGGACGUCACCUUCAUGUUUCCACUUCCCUUUAGAGAGCUCAAUCUGAUGAAGCAGAAAAAUCUCAGUCUGAUGAAUCUUCUUCAUCACUUUUUCCCAGAAAUAAUAAAACUAGAAUCAAUAGACUGUGACUCCUACAAAGUGGUGUUGAUCUUUGAUGGUCUGGAUGAGUGUCGACUUCCUCUAAAUUUCCAGAAGAAUGAGAUAUUGUGUGAUGUGACAGAGUCGGCCUCAGUGGAUGUGCUGCUGACGAACCUCAUCAAGGGGAAUCUGCUUCCCUCUGCUCUUCUCUGGAUAACCACAAGACCAGGAGCAGCCAAUCAGAUCCCUCCUGAGUGUGUAGACCAGGUAACAGAGGUACGAGGCUUCAGUGAUCCUCAGAAAGUGGGGUACUUCAAGAAGAGUAUCAGUGAUCAGAGCCUAGUCGAUAAAAUCAUCACACACCUGAAGUCUUCAAGGAGCCUCUACAUCAUGUGCCACAUCCCAGUCUUCUGCUGGAUCUCAGCCACUGUUCUAGAGAGAAUGUUGGGUGACGCAGAGGGUGGAGAGAUCCCCAAGACUUUGACUCAAAUGUUCACACACUUCCUGAUCUUUCAGAUUAAACAAAAGGACCAAAAGUACCAUCAGAAAUGUGACCCUGAUCCUCUGCAGUCCAGAGAGAGUAUCAUGGCACUGGGAAAACUGGCUUUCCACCAGAUGGAGAAAGGAAACCUGAUCUUCUAUGAGGAAGACCUGAGAGAGUGUGGCAUUGAUGUCAGAGAAGUGUCAGUGUACUCAGGAGUGUGUACCCAGAUCUUCAGAGAGGAGUUUGGUCUUCACCUGGGGAAGGUGUUCAGCUUCGUACAUCUGAGUGUUCAGGAGUUUCUGGCUGCUUUAUACACAUUUCUCUCCUUUAUCAGCAGAAAUGUAACAGAACAUCAAACCUCUGAUCUGUCUGAUCUUUUCAGGAAGUCAACCAUGUCUGAUCUCCUCAGGUGUGCAGUGGACAAGGCCUUACAGAGUGAGAAUGGACACCUGGACCUGUUCCUCCGCUUCCUUCUGUGUCUCUCACUGGAAUCCAAUCAGACUCUCUUACGAGACUUAAUGCCACAGACAGGAAGCAGAUCUCACAGCAAACAGGAAACAGUGAAGUACAUCAAGGAGAAAAUCAGGGAGAAUCCAUCUCCAGAGAAAUCCAUCAAUCUGUUCCACUGUCUGAAUGAACUGAAUGAUCAUUCUCUAGUGCAGGAAGUACAAACUUACCUGAACAGAGGAGGUUACAGUCGUCUCAGUGACACCAGACUCUCUCCUGCUCAGUGGUCAGCUCUGGUGUUUGUGUUACUGAACUCAGAACAGGAGCUGGAUGUGUUUGAUUUGAGGAAAUAUGAUCGAUCAGAUGAAUGUCUUCUGAGGCUGCUGCCAGUGGUCAAAUCCUCCAGAACAGCUGAUCUGUGUUUCUGUAAUCUGACAGAGGAAAGCUGUAGAGUUCUGUCCUCAGUUCUCAGCUCAAACUCCUCCAGUCUGAGAGAACUGAACCUGAGUAAGAAUAAACUGCAGGAUUCAGGAGUGAAGCUGCUCUCUGAUGGGCUGAAGAAUCCACACUGUACACUGGAGAUACUGAGUCUGUGUGAGUGUAAUCUGAGAGAGGAAAGCUGUAGAGUUCUGUCCUCAGUUCUCAGCUCAAACUCCAUCAGUCUGAGAGAACUGAACCUGAGUGUCAAUAAACUGCAUGAUUCAGGAGUGAAGCUGCUCUCUGAUGGACUGAAGAAUCCACACUGUACACUGGAGUGGUGUAGACCGAACAUGCUGAUCAUGAUGGAACUUACGUCGUUCUGCAGCAGUUUUCAACCUCUCACGUGCACCCUCAAACGCAACAUGGAGCCUCCUUUGAUGCUCCAGAACCCACUCAUGGGUAUUACCCAACACGAUCUCCUGUACACUACCCAGCAGAAAGUCAACUGGGAGCAGUGGUUCUUGUCCAAACAUUAA